AUGGCUUCUUCCUCAGUAAUAAUCACUACUGCUGCAAGAGGAGCAAUUUUGUGGCUGGCCCUUAUUGUUUUUCUUGGCAAUAUAAUGAUGUGGAUUAUUAUGCCAACUGAUACUUAUUACAAUGACUGGUUGCUCCACAUUCUUGCUGAUACUAACUCUACUUUCUUUGGAAUACAAGGUCCAAUAAUGCUGAAUUUUACAUUUCCAAUUUUGUUCAUUGCUGUUGUGGGAUGUUUAUAUCUGCAUUUGGGAAAGAUAAAGAAGAGUAGUGGGUGUGCCACAACAAGCAAAAGUAACACAAAAGUAAGUUUGUUGAAGAAGCCGAUGAUCGUGAAGGGGCUCGGUAUCGUCACCAUAACCGAGCUCGCGCUGUUUAUUUUGUUCGUUGCUCUUUGCGUUUGGUAUUUCGCGUAUUACGUGCGCCACUGGUUUAAGCAAGUCCCCAUGCUCUCGAUGACUAGACAUGAAAAAACGUGGCAAACAAAGCUAGACAGAGUUGCUAUAGUAACAGGGGUAACAGGGAAUUUAUGCCUAACAUUUUUAUUCUACCCCGUGACAAGAAAAUCGUCGAUUUUGCCGAUGAUUGGGCUAACAUCCGAGGCGAGCAUUAAGUACCACAUUUGGCUUGGCCACAUGACUAUGGCCCUUUUUACUGCUCAUGGAUUUCUCUACAUUGUCUACUGGGCCUUGACCAACAGAAUAUCCGAGAUGAUUAAAUGGAAUGACCAUUAUGUAUCAAACAUAGCUGGGGAAAUCUCUUUACUAUGUGGAUUGGCUUUGUGGUUGACAACUUACCCUAACAUAAGAAGAAAGAUGUUUGAGCUCUUCUUCUACACACACCAUCUCUACAUUGCCUUCAUCAUCUUCUUCAUAUUGCAUGCCGGAAUUGGCUUCGCCUGCAUUAUGCUCCCCGGAUUUUAUCUCUUUGUGAUCGACCGAUACCUUAGGUUCUUACAAUCGAGACAAAAUGUGCGUUUAGUUUCUGCUCGAGUCCUACCGUGCGAAACUGUUGAGCUUAAUUUCGCCAAGUGCCGAGGCUUGACUUACAAUCCAACAAGUACCAUGUUUAUAAACUUGCCCAUAAUUUCCAAGCUCCAAUGGCAUCCUUUCACUAUAACUUCAAACAGCAGCUUAGAGCCAGAGAGGCUAAGUAUUGUAGUCAAAUGUGAAGGCAGUUGGACCAAAAAGCUUUACGACUCGCUCUCAUCUCCAUCCUCUGUGAACCGUCUUCAAGUAUCGGUUGAAGGACCAUACGGACCCGACACGACAAAUUUCCUCAGGCAUGAUAUGCUGGUGAUGAUUAGUGGAGGGAGUGGAAUAACCCCUUUCAUUUCCAUCAUUAGAGAGCUUAUGUUCAUAUCCUCAACCACUCAAAGUUGCAAAAUCCCCAAACUUAUGCUCAUUAGUGUGUUCAAAAGCACCUCACAUCUCUCCAUGCUAGACCUCAUACCCCCAAUCUCACACACAAACUCUCGCAACUUGGGCCUACAAAUCGAAGCCUACGUGACGAGAGAAAAGUCCCAACCUACCGAAAAACCACAACCGAUCCGAACUGUGCAGUUCAGGCCGAGCCCAUCGGACGCCCCAAUCUUCCAGACAUUGGGCCCCAACACCUGGCUUUGGUUGUCGACGAUCAUAUCAUCAUCUUUCGUCGUUUUUCUUGUGCUCCUAGGAACUUUCACUCAAUACGUGGUGUACCCUAUCGACAAGAACACCAACUUGUUGUACUCAUACACCAAGAAGAACUCGAUGAACAUUUUCUUGAUUUGCGUGUCCAUAGUGGCGACGGCAAGUAUUGUGUUCUUGUGGAACAAGAAUCGGAAUGCGAAGGAAGACAAACAAAUUCAAGACAUGGAGAGAAUUGGAAACACAUUUGGUUCGUCGGAUGAUGAUGUGGAGUUACAAAGCCUUCCCCUGCAAUCGGUUAUCAAGUCCAUCAACGUGCAUUAUGGUAAACGGCCCGAUCUAAAGAGGAUUCUAAUGGAGAACAAAGAAUCCACUUCCAAUGUUGGUGUACUUGUUAGUGGGCCUUGGGAGAUGAGAAAAGAUGUUGCGGGCAUAUGCUCAAGUGGGCCGGCAGAUAAUAUCCACUUUGAGUCCAUCAGCUUCAGUUGGGAUAAUUUUAUCCCUGAUUUCAAAUGCCAUUUUUCUUUUCUCGGUGGCUGGCUUGUACUUGUGCUGAGUAAGCUGGAAACGGCGGGCGGGGGUGGCGGUGGCCGACGAGGGGUUCUCCUUUUUUGUGCAUCACCACCUAGUGAGGCAUACGAUACCUCUGUUGGGAGUGAUUUUAUAACAGGGAUAAUUUUAUCCCUGAUUUCAAAUGCCAUUUUUCUUUUCUCGGCGGCUGGCUUGUACUUGUGCUGGGUAAGCUGGAAACGGCGGGCGGGGUUGGCGGUGGCCGACGAGGGGUUCUCCUUUUGUGCAUCACCACCUAGUGAGGCAUACGAUACCUCUGCUGGGUAA